GAAGCGACAAUGGCACAACUUGCAGAAACCUAUGCAUGCGUUCCUUCGACGGAGCGAGGGAGAGGAAUCUUGAUAUCGGGCGAUUCGAAAUCCAAUUCAAUUCUCUAUUGCAACGGUCGAUCGGUAAUCAUUCGAUACCUUGAUCGACCUCUCCAGGUCAAGGUCUACGGUGAACAUGCUUAUCAGGCAACCGUCGCUCGUCACUCUCCCAACGGAGAAUGGAUCGCCUCCGCCGAUGUUUCGGGUAUCGUGCGAAUAUGGGGGACACAUAACGAUUUUGUACUCAAGAACGAAUUCAAGGUGCUCUCUGGUAGGAUCGACGAUCUUCAGUGGUCUCCUGAUGGACAGAGAAUUGUCGCCUCUGGUGAAGGCAAGGGCAAGUCCCUUCUACGUGCUUUCAUGUGGGAUUCGGGAACUAAUGUUGGAGAAUUUGAUGGUCAUUCAAGAAGGGUACUAAGUUGUGCAUUUAAGCCAACUAGGCCUUUUCGGAUUGUAUCUUGCGGUGAGGACUUUUUGGUGAACUUUUAUGAAGGACCUCCAUUUAAAUUCAAGCUUUCACACAGGGAUCAUACCAAUUUUGUAAAUUGUGUAAGAUUUUCACCAGAUGGGAGCAAAUUCAUCACUGUAAGUUCUGAUAAAAGAGGCAUCUUAUACGAUGCCAAAACAGGAGAUAAAAUUGGAGAAUUAUCUUCUGAGGAUGGUCAUACUGGCAGCAUUUAUGCUGUCAGCUGGAGUCCCGAUGGUAAACAGCAGAUUGUUACUGUCUCAGCUGACAAGACUGCAAAGAUAUGGGAGAUAACUGAUGAUGGUAAUGGGAAGGUGAUAAAAACAAUAACAUCUCCUGGCUCUGGUGGAAUUGAUGACAUGUUAGUUGGAUGCCUUUGGCAGGAUGAUAAUCUUAUUACAGUAUCUCUUGGUGGAACUAUUAGCUUGUUUUCUGCAAGUAAUCUUGACAAGGAACCUUUGUUAUUGUCUGGACAUAUGAAGAACAUUUGUGCACUGGCAGUUCUUGGGAGCUCACCAAGAAUUAUGUUGUCCAGUAGCUAUGAAGGGUUGAUUGUUAAAUGGAUCCAGGGUGUUGGUUAUAGUGGAAAACUAGAUAGGAAGGUAAAUGGACAAAUUAAAUGCUUCAUCGCCGUUGAAGAAGAAAUCGUUUCAUCUGGAUUUGACAACAAGAUCUGGAGAAAUUCAUUGCUUGGAGACCAAUUAGGUGAUGCAGAGUGUAUUGAUGUCGGUAACCAGCCAAAAGACUUGUGUCUUUCCCUUAACUCUCCGGAAUUGGCCUUAGUUUGUACAGAUACAGGAGUGACACUCCUCCGAGGAACUAAAAUUGCUUCAACCAUGGAUCUUGGAUUUACUGCAUCAGCAUGUGCAAUAACGCCUGAUGGAAGUGAAGCCAUUGUUGGCGCUCAGGAUGGGAAACUGCACUUGUAUACUAUUGAUGGUGAUUUGCUUAAAGAAGAGACUGUUCUUGAGAAGCAUCGAGGUACUAUUACAGUCAUACAUUACUCUCCUGACGUUUCCAUGUUUGCUUCGGGUGAUUCCAAUAGAGAAGCUAUUGUCUGGGAUCGUGUCUCGCAUGAGGUGAAGCUUAAGAAUAUGUUAUUCCAUACAGCCCGUAUAAACUGCCUAUCUUGGUCACCUAACAACAGAAUGGUUGCAACGGGAUCACUAGACACAUGUGUGAUAGUCUAUGAUAUUGAAAAACCAGCUUCCAAUCGCAUCACAAUAAAGGGAGCUCAUCUUGGUGGGGUCUAUGGUUUGGCCUUCAUUGAUGAACACAAUGUCGUGAGCUCUGGUGAAGAUGCUUCCAUUCGGGUUUGGCGAUUAAAUCCUGAGUAGUCUGUCGAACCCACAAACUAUUGGUAAUUUCUUAUUUUUUUGGCGGAAUUAUUA